AUGGGAAACUGUCUCAGGAAGUUGAAGGUUGAACAACUGAACCAGGAAAUCACGAACGCUGCUGCCCCACCAACUCAGCCUCUCCCUUCAGAACUGAAGGGAAGAGAGCGGGUGAAUCGUUGCCAGCCUGGUCCGUGGGACUCGGUACUUACCAGUAAGAAGGAAGAGAUGUUCCAUGCUUACAGGCUCCAUUGCUUCUGCUAUAGUGUCUUGAAGGAAGCCACCCACAAGUUCAGCAGCAAGAACUUGGUCGGGGAAGGCGGUUUUGGAGAUGUUUACAAGGGUUGGAUCAAUCCCUGCACGAUGACCGCUACAAAAGAAAACAAUGGAUCCAUAGUUGCUGUGAAGAGGCUGCGGAGGACAGGAGCUCAAGGUCACAAGGAAUGGCUGAACGAGCUGCGAUUCUUGAGCGAGUUCAACCACCCGAACAUAGUGAAACUCAUCGGUUACUGCUGUGAGGAUCAGCAGAGGAUCUUGGUCUAUGAGUAUAUGCUCCGGGGGAGCUUGGAGGAGCUCCUCUUUGGAGAAAAUAACCAGGAGCUAAGCUGGAGCAGAAGGAUUAGAAUAGCCCUCGGAGCAGCUCGGGGUUUGGAAUACCUUCAUGAGCAUGCAGAGCCCGUUAUUCAUCGGGACAUCAAGGCCUCCAAUAUUUUGCUGGAUGGUGACUUUACCGCAAAGCUAUCAGAUUUUGGGCUCGCGAGAUUGGGGCCCCAGGAUGAUCGGUCUUAUGUAUCCACAAGAGUUUUAGGUACCAAAGGCUACUUUGCCCCGGAGUACAUCGGAACCGGACAUUUGACGCUGCAGACUGAUACUUACAGCUUUGGAAUUGUGCUGCUAGAGAUUUUCUCAGGCUCCAGUGCAAUAACGAAGUACUCGGAUGGAAACGGCGUGAACCUUGCUCAGUGGGCCCGCCCAUAUCUCAGCAGCAAGCUGGAACUGCAUCACAUUAUGGACAGAAGACUCGGAAUGAAAUUUCCUCUGGAAAAAGCCCACAACUUCACCAAAAUUACUCUUCGGUGCCUUCACAUGAACCCCAAGAACAGACCCACAAUGGCCGAAGUCGUAACUGAUCUAGAGCAGCUACUGUAA